AUGCUCGUCCUUCUGUUCUUUCUUUCUCCUUUUGUAAUUGCGCAACGCGGGCCCGGAGGGUUUGAUCUGCUACGAAUCGAGCGACGGUUCGAAGACGAAUUCAGCCGACGGCAACGGCUCAACGCCCGAUCCAUAGGUUUGUUGGCAUUGACAUUUUUGUAUCAAAAAGUAAUGUUCUUUCAUGUACUCUGCCAAUAUAAUGGUAUUUAUGUGUUAUGACAAGACGUGAGUAAUGAUAUGCUACAAAUAAAUAGGCUUUACUUGCAGACGACGGCUUGUCAGAUGAUGAGAAAUGUCAGAAAUCAUGUAAUGAAAAGCUGAGGACGUCCUUGGACAUGGUGAAGGUAAGGUAUUACGAAAUUUAACCAAAACUUGGCUUUGAUUUAGCAAAUAACCGCUUAUUUAUAAAAUUAAAACUGUAAUCUGAUUACAUUUCGAUGAAUGGCAAGACAAGUUUCAGGCACAUACCUCCUUCGGCAGUGUUGGGGUACCAUCAGUUACAGAGAAAGAAGACCUGAUAUACUUUUGCAAAUUCGACGCAGAAAACGACCGCUGCCUGAGGGAAUGUGGCUACGAGAUCCAGUUCAAUAUGAGAGACUACGUUUGCAAAGCCAGGUUCGAGGAGGUGAGCAUUGGCCACAUGGCCAAGUUUAUGACAUUUUUGCAACAAGAGCCAGGCCGUGGGUUUAGAAUGGAUAAUAUUAUGAAAACAUUAGUAGACCAAAAUGUCAAAUUAUGGCUUUCUAAGCGUUUAAUUUUAGCUCAAGUUUCUAAAAUUACGUUUUAAAAUUUCAAAAUAAGAGUACCAUAUGACAUUGAGUGUAGUUUGCACAGUAAUUAUAUCACCUAGAUGGUAGUAAAUCUACCGUGCUACGCUCGCGCAGCUCCUCAGCUGAAACGCGUUUGUGGUGCCAGGAAAUGUGGACCUUAUGAUGAACUGGAGCUGACGUUAAGUGGCUACAGUAAACGAUGUAGAAGUGUACUGUGUGAUCUGACAUGUAUGCAAAGUGUUCUUAUAGGUAACUGUGGCCAAGUAGCAGGUCUACGGGCUUACAAGUUCCUAUUAGAUUACACCAGAGUUCAGGUAAGGUCAGAAUAUAUAACUGGCUUAUGACUAACACAAUAUCUUUGACAUAAGGCUUCUUUAGGUAGCUACGUGGAUAAGAGACAGCGCGCAGCAAAUGCAAAAGGCAGUAUCUCAGGUUAUUCCUCGGACAUGUUCAAGGCUGUUCUGCGAACAGUUCGAUGCCCAAAAUUGUACAUACGUCCCCGCCCUCUAG